CAAGCAUGCGCUAAUGCUCCUCCGCUGUUAUCUUCUUCUCAAUACACAUACAAAAUCAGAUGCUGUUGUGAUUGGAUGUGGUCUUUUAUUGUUUUAGGCGAUUUUACUUCAAAAUUACUUACUUAUUUCUCAAUUUCUCUGGUCUUUUGUUAUUCACUAUUUUUUUGUUCGGAUUGCAUCUAACUUAACUAUAUGUUGUAUUCAUAGUUUCUUAACUAUUAGUUUUGUUUUUUAUAUUGUUUUAAGAUAUUUACAAGAUCCUGGGGUUAAUGGCGAGGUAUGUUGAGGAAGGCAUUAACAUCUCAUGCUGAUGCUUCUGAAGCAAUUGGAUGCUACAGUCAUUUUGUGUUUGGGCUCUCAAAAGUUCUUCUUCGUUGUCAGAGACGGCAUGUAGAACAAGUAAAAGUGGUUUUGCCUGUUAUUCUUAAGGUUCUAAAUGUUGCUUUUUCGGAGAGUGAUGAAGAAGAUACAGAUUCUCUAAAUGAUUUAUCCUCUGCUGCCAUUAGCAUUGGUUCAUCAAUCCAAGAAAUUUGCCAAAAGUUGGAAGGACAAAGAAAAGAAGUACUUUGUGCUAUACUUGGCCUUUAUGUUCUGCAAAACAUUGCUCUUAUUUCGAGAUCAAGACAAAGGCAUAUUGUUGAAAGUUCCUCCUUGAUUGUAGCAAAAUUUUCUCAGUUCCUCCCAUUUUGUGGACUAUCUUACUUUGGCCUUCUUUCUGGGGAUUUAGAUAAAAUUAAUGAUAUCUGUAAAGAAAGUGAUGUAGAUAUUGAUGAAGAUGACUUCAUGGUUUGCUUUUCAUCCGCCGCUGAUGGAGCGAGUCUAGCUGUGAUAUGGGGCCAUAUUUCUGCUGAGGUUGAAGAAGCUGCUGUGGAGCAGUUGGAUAUUGUUAUUAGUAAAAUUCGACAAGACUGUUUUAGGCGGUGGCAAGCUAUAGGGAUGUUCAAACAUAUACUUAUAUCUAUCGACUAUCCCUGGAUAAUAAAAUCCCAUUGUAUGGAUGUUUUACUAAGUAUGAUAGAUGGAAUUAUUCCUGAAGAACAUAUUGGUAGUGAUGAUGAUUUCUCAGCCAUUCUGCCUAACCUAUUUACAACUCUCAUGGCUAUUGAAAGAAUCAUGAUGGGUGCUCCAGAUCUCCCGUUAAGAAGGAAAGCUUUCAGUGCACUCAGAAAGGUAGUCUCAGAUAUCCCAUGCUCUCAAAGAUUUGACACACUGAAGGCUCUUAUUACAAAUAGUGAUUCUCCUUCCAUGGUAGCCAUUCUUAUUGAUAUUGUGAAGGAGGGAGUUUUGGUAGAUAAUCAUCAAAACAAUUUGACUAAAGAUCAAAAUAGAAAGGAAUUUUCUAAAUUAUGGGGUUCUAAUGCACUUGGCAUUGUGGAAAUGAUACUAAGGCCUCCUAAAGGAGGACCUCCUUCCCUGCCAGAGCAUAGUGAGCCGGUCUUAUCUGCUCUCAACCUCUACCGUUUUAUAUUGAUAAUUGAAUUAACAGGAAAAACAAAUUACACCAAUGUGUUGAGUGAGGAUUCGUUGCGGAAGGCCUAUUCAGAAUGGCUUAUGCCUCUUACAACACUCAUCUCGAGGAUCCUAGCAGAAAAUGACCAAGAUGAUCAUGAACUUGCAGAAAGCAUUACAUGUGCAUUAGCUCCUGUUCAGUUGGUAUUAUAUCGAUGCAUCGAGUUAGUAGAAGAAAGCUUGAAACAUCCAUAGCAUACUUUAGUUCUUCAAGCCCGUGCCUUCUGUAUAAGUUUUGCUUCUCCUGUUCAAUUUUUGAAGUAGCCUUCAAGAGAUCCAUUGAUGUUGAUGAAGAAUGUAACUCAGAUGAAAGUUGUAAAAAUUAUUUGUAAAUAAUAAAUUUAAGCUGUGUUUGGGAUGGCUUUCAUCCCAAAUGAAACUUUCGUAUCUCAAACAGCGAUUAAACUUGAUGUGGUUA